GCCAGCGCUCCAGUCCCUCUGCAGCCGGUUCUCCGUUACUUGGAGCAGCUCGGGUCGCUCUCUCUUUCCUGCCUAGCCGCGAGAUGUCCUUCAGAGCAGCCUGGAGCUUGGUGCUGAGAAAGGGAGGACUUGGAAUUCGAGGGAUCCACAGCCCAGGAAGCACUGCCCACGGCAAGGAGAAGAUGUCUCCUUACACCAACUACCAUGCCCAGCGCUCCUACCCCAUGCCAGACGAGCCCUUCUGUGCAGAGCUCAACGCCGAGCAGCAGGCCCUGAAGGAGAAGGAGAAGGGCAGCUGGACCCAGCUGAGCCACGCCGAGAAGGUGGCCUUGUACCGGCUUCAGUUCCACCAGUCCUUCGCGGAGAUGAACCGUCGCUCCAACGAAUGGAAGACAGUCAUGGGCUGUGUCUUCUUCUUCUUUGGAUUCACAGGUCUGAUGAUUUGGUGGCAGCGGGUCUUUGUGUUCCCUAAGAAGCCCAUCACCCUGACGGACGAGUGGAAGGCCCAGCAGCUCCAGCGCAUCCUGGACAUGAAGGGCAACCCUGUGCAAGGCCUGGCCUCCCGGUGGGACUAUGAGAGGAAGGAGUGGAAGAAGUGACCCGCUGUUCCCCCUGUGGCUACACCCCAGCCCAGAGCCUGCCCCCCUCCCCUGCCCUCCCCUUAACCCCAAUAAAGCUGGCCUGCUCUCAUCUGC